AUGAAUACAGAAAAGGUUUAUGAAGCUGUUUCAAGACUUUUGAGACUAUUGGAACGCGAAAAGAUUAUCCAUAUAGCUAAUUUGGACAAUUUGAAGAGUUUCUUUGGAAUUUCGACCGUUUUCUUCUGUUUUCAAGACUACUCUGCCUUCAAAAUGAAUACUGAAAAGACUUUCGAGAGACUAUUGGAACGCGAAAAGAUUAUCCAUAUAGCUAAUUUGGACAAUUUGAAGAGUUUCUUUGGUAUUUCGACCGUUUUCUUCUGUUUUCAAGACUACUCUGCCUUCAAAAUGAAUACUGAAAAGGUUUAUGAAGCUGUUUCAAGACUUUUGAGAGACUAUUGGAACGCGAAAAGAUUAUCCAUAUAG